AUGUUGGGAUCAGCAACAUGCAGCAGUGCUGUUUCUUUCCCCAGUACGGCCCUGAAUCCAGCCACCACAGCUCCUCUCAACUUGAGUUCUGUUUUGGCCAUUGAUCACAUCAAGGAACAAGCUUUCAAGUCCUUCAGGCUUAAGGCCGAGAAAUGGAAUCGAUUCAUUUUGACAGAAGAGAACCAAAAGCUUUUAUUGGAUUUCUUGGAUAAAGGCCAAACUCAGUGGCUUGCCUUUUGCACGGGCCCAGGAGGGAACCUGUGCGUGAGCACCGGCCAGGUUCUGUUGGUCAUUCUUUCCAACCCAAAUAGUUAUAGAGGCUGGCCCAGAUUUGUGCUAGAGGAUAUAAGGAAGCACGUGGAGAUGCUAAGAAGUACAGCGUAUGUUCUGCAGGGACAUGUAGCAAGAAGAACUUACCUUCCGUUGCCUACACUGAUGGAGCACCUUGAUGAUGAAGAGGCAAUGACAUGUUAUAUGGAAGCCACUUCUCUGUAUGUAAUUGAAACUAUGAUAAUCCAGUGGACUCAUCUUAUAUCUGAGGUGUUAAGACUGGAUUCUGCUCAGCUGAUAUUGCAUGGUGGAAACCCUGGACCUUCUGUAGAAAUUCAGUUUUGGCAGAGGCAAAUGGAAAACCUGCAAGGAAUUUAUGAGCAGCUGCAAAGCCCAAAGGUUCACAAAAUAUUGGAGAUCCUACAUAGGACAAGAAGUAGCUAUUACCCCGCUUUCAAUCUGCUCAUCAUAAAAGUUGAAGCAGCGGUUUCUGAAGCUCAAGAUAUUUGCUUGUAUCUAAGCCCUUUGAAACACUACAUUGCCUACUUGGAAGAAUCCAGCUUCUCUAAUACUAAACGUCUCAUUGCACCCCUUUUCCAUACCAUCUGUCUGAUCUGGACCCAUUCCAAACAUUACUGCUUCCCCAACAGAAUUGUUGUCCUGCUACAGGAGUUUUGCAAUCUUCUAAUUGACAGGGCCUUCUCAUUUCUAAUCCCUGCGGAGAUCUUCACGAUGGACCUAGGAGAGGGAAUAGAAAAAAUUAAACAGACAAUACAGACAUUCAGAAUGUUCAAGAAUACAUUCUCUACUUAUCAAGAAAAGCUUGCUUGUGAUCAUAAAAAUCAGGGCAGUGUGAAACCCUGGGACUUCCCUUCUGAUUUGGUGUUUACUAGAUUUGAUAAGAUCCUUCAGAGGUUGCUGCAUGUUCAGGAGAUAUUUACAUCAGCUAUUGACUUCCUCAAGUUGGAAAAAAUUGAAAUUGGAGGCUUGAGAGGGAAAAUUCUCAGCGAAGAGAUUCACUGUAUGAAUGAAGAGUUUCAUGAAAGCUGGAAGGUACUCCAAGAAAGUAAAUAUGACCCACUGGACUACGAGAACCAGGAAUUUCUGUCUGACUACACCAGAUAUAUUGAGCAGAUUAAUGUGUUUGAUAAUCGAUUGGGAACAAUACUAAAUCUUGUCUUCCAGGAGCCAAAGAGAUUGGAAUCAGCUUUUAAGAUCAAGAAGAAUUAUGCAUUUAUCUAGAUAUAAGGCAAGGUACUAGAAAGAUGGCAAGAACAACAAAGAAGCCAUCGUAGCUGAGCGUCUCACUGGACACUAGAUUUUGCAGAUAUUUGGAAAACUUCUGGAGAGGGC